AUGUCCCACAGCACCUACUACGAGUGUGAGCGGCGAGGGCCGGGGCUGGAGUUCGCGGGGAGCCGCGGCGGGCCUGGGGAGCUGGGUACCAUGUGCGACCACGAGGCGUCCAUCGACCUGUCCGCCUACAUCGAGUCCGGCGAGGAGCAGCUCCUCUCCGACCUCUUCUCGGGGAAGCCUCCUCCGGAGCCGCGAGGGCUCAAGGGCCCUGGCGCUCCCGGCUUCGCUCACUACCUCCCGCCCGACCCCGGACCCUUCGCCUACUCCCCGCACCCGUUCGGCCCCGACAGGAAGGGCCUGGGACCCAGCGCCUACAGCCCCUCCGGCGGCUACGACCCCCGAGCCGUGGCGGUCAAGGAGGAGCCGCGGGGACCGGAGGGCGCCAGGAGCGUCGGGCGCAGCGGGUACAACCCCCUGCAAUACCAGGUCGCGCACUGCGGGCAGACUGCCAUGCACCUGCCCCCCGCCCUGGGCACACCCAGCCAGCCCUUACGGGUUCUCAAGGGCCCCCUGGCCGCCCCUCCCUGCAGCCCCCUCCUCAAAGCCCCCUCCCCGGCCGGGGUCCCCCACAAGGGCAAGAAGGCAGUGAACAAGGACAGUCUGGAGUAUCGGCUGAGAAGGGAGCGGAACAACAUCGCCGUGCGGAAGAGCCGAGACAAAGCCAAGCGUCGCAUCCUGGAGACGCAGCAGAAGGUGCUGGAGUACAUGGCCGAGAACGAGAGGCUGCGCAGCCGGGUGGAGCAGCUCAGCCAGGAGCUGGACACGCUGCGGAACCUCUUCCGCCAGAUCCCGGAGGCCGCCGGCCUCAUCAAGGGCGUGGGCGGCUGCGGCUGAGCUCCCUCGUGGCAGGGGGACCAGGGGGUAGGGACCGGGGUGGGGAACCAGGACCGGACCCGGGGGAGCACCCCUCCCCAACGGUCCCCACCCCCUGGGACCACCGCCCCCGGGCUGUCUCCGGCGGCUCCGGUCGAGGGCCCCGGCCCCCUGCCCAGGGCUCGGACUCGGCCCGCCGGGAACAAAUGGGCAGGGACUUGCGGGGCUGAGGUGGCGGA